AUGGCGCAGACACAGCAGUUUCAGCAAUCUUUCUCCCCUCCGGGUUCCUCACCCUCUCCCGCACCCUCCCCGAUGAAUGGCAGUGUUCCACCACCAAACAAGCGACAACGCCUCUCACCUCAUCCUCAGUCUGCUCAGUCACCUUACGCCUCGCCGAGCUUUGGAACCUUACAAUUACCUCAAACCCAGUCUUUUAAUGCAAAUGGGACAAAUACAAACGGGAUAGCACAGUCGCCCGCUCCUCCACAACCCGGCGCCAUGGGUCCUCCAUCGCGGCCCGUGGACAAGCCUACAGAUGCAGCCGACUUGACAGAUGUUCUGGCCUCUUCUGGUAUCGAUGUGAGAGAAGAGGAGGCGUUUCUCACUAGCAGUUACUCUGGGCCGGGUGUCCAGGCGCAACAGCAACCACGAGCUCAGCAGCCGCUCCCUCAACAACAACAACCGCAAGCUCCUCCACUAAACACAUCAUUUGCCUCACAGGCAUCGACCACCGGAACGGCGUCGGCUUCUGCAAGCUUCAGUGAACCAUCCCAAUACAAGCCCCCCGGUACCCAAGAGUCCUUCUAUACAGAGCCCUCAUCCCAACCUCCCGCCCCUUUCGUCGAUUCCAACGAGCCCACUCGAGAAGACACUGAAGCGGCUAGACGUGCACAGUACCAUUUGCAGGAGCCCUUCCUGUUGACGAAGGUUCUGGAGCAGAGGCUUCAGAGACGUGGUUUCGACCUUGGAGUUCGCAUACCCGCAGAAGGCUUGUUUCACCCAGUUCCCGGCCGUCCACAACCUAUUGAGGUCACUGGACCUGAUGGUUCGUCUGUCGUACGCACUGGCCAGACCAUCCUGAACCAAGAGGGCGCUCCUCUCGUGGAUAUACUAAAUCUAAUGUCCAUUGCCUGCGAGGAGAGACUACGGACCGUUAUUGAUUAUGCCUCGACGCUCGCAAGAAGCAGACGAGCUCAUUCCCAUGGAACGGUCCCCGCCGAUUGGAAGGAUUUAGCCUUGACUGGCGGCGAAAACACCAAUGGCGAUACGGGUGGUCCGCAAACACCAUCUCUCAAAAGACCCCAUCCAGAUACCGAAUCCACGGCAAAAUCGCUUGCAGAUAGAUAUCGGUUAUUGGUGGAUAAAGAUGCCUCUUACGAGGAAGCUCGAGCGGCGAAACGCGCAAAGCGCAGCGCGAGCGCGAUUCUGGGAGAAGGCGGGACUCCCAGGCCAGACUCAAUGGAUGUACCCGGGUCUGGUGCUUCAACUCCUAUCGGCGAAAGAGCUCCUAGUAUCGGUAAAGGAGGGCUCACUAAGAAAGAAGCCAGAAAGUUAGCGGACGCGAAACAAAACGAAGCGCAGCAACACCAGCAAUCGGUCGAAACAGCACGUAUGGCUACUCAGACUAUGAUGUCUGGAGGCAUGUUCGGUAAGAAGAAGUCAUAUUCUUGGCUUCAACGUGGCCCAACUACCGGGAGCGGCUUUUCUACUCCAACGCGCAUUAACCCACCUACACCAAGCGCCAGCGCAGAGAAGACAGCACGUUCCGGAGAGUCUGCAGCUAUCCCUACCAAACGGUUAGGAGCUUGGCGGGAGGAUAAAGAGAAGGGUGCUGGAAUACAGGUCCGAGACAUCCUUUUUAUGCUGGAGUCCGAUGGAAGAGCAGCUAGACAUAUCCAAAAGGCAUAUUCGAAGGACUUGAAGGAAGACAAAGCCGACUGA